CUCGGUCCUCCAGUCGCACGAGUGCAAUCGCCAACCGCGGUUGCUCUUACUCGGGUUGUCCGUACUCUACUCUUUCACUCCGGUCGCGUGUCGCGCGAUUCCUUUCGCUUUAGAGUGGGGACUACUCCUAGUGAAGCAAGCCGUUCUCCUGGGCGCCGCCGGUGCGUACCAGUGCGAGUAGACGCUUACGAACUGUACAUAAACCUCCCCGGCAAAAAACGUGCCUCGUCGUCUUUUCGAUUGCCGACGGCGGCGCGGUGGUGGAUUCCGCCGGCGCCGCCGCCGAAAUUGACAUUGCCCCGCAUCGGACGUCGUUGACAUGGCCGUGAUUGAUACUGACGACGUAGUCGUGCAAGUGGCCCCUUCGUUGUCCUCGGCAAAGACGGCAGGAAGAAGAGUAAUCGGUUACCGGUGUUGGAAUAGCCGUCGCUGCAGCACUUCCCGCGAACCGCUGCUGAUUCUUCUUCCUCGGCGUGUCGUCGUCGAUCAACGACGAGAUCAUCCGACGUGGGGAAUUGACGACGACGACGGGUCGUGCGUCAACUGUCACUGUUGCCGAGAACGGGACGACAAAUUCGUCGAGAGGAACUCGUCCCUGGUGAUGCUGAUUUGACCUGACCCCCGUCCUCCCCCCCACCACGGUCACCCGGCCUGCGAAUCCACGACACCGCGGAGCAACACUCUGGUCACCUCCCGUAGACCGGACCGUCUCACGAGGCCACGCCCGGACAACCAUACCCUCCCAGUCACUCCUUUAGGAUUCCGCUGAAAGAACGCACCCCGGCUGACAACACUGACAGAGCAAAGUUAGGCUUAAUAAAAAAAGGAAGGAAGGAACAACGCGAACGGCUGUCCCAAACAGUGGUGGCCAACGUCGAAAGCUCCAUCCCGCACCGCUCACACUUCAGGCCUUCCUGCUCAGCCGAGUGUUAACACCGGGGGAUCGAUAAAAAAAACCCGACGGUUCAACCUCGCAAAAGGAGGUUAGCCGUUUUCGUCCCGUCGCCGUCCUCCUCUCCCGGUCCCAUGGGCUGCACACUUAGCAAGAGCCUCUCGUCGCUGGUGCGCGGCGGCUCGGGCGGCAGUCGCAACAACAAGGGCAACAAUGGCGCUGCCGAGCCCGUGGGCGACCCGCCGCCACCGCCGCCGCCUGACCCGCGCCACCCGCUCACCGCCCGGCAGAUCUUCAGCAUCACAAAAUCCUGGAAGGCCAUCGCCAGGGCCAUGGAGCCCACCGGCAUCGAGAUGUUCGUCAGACUGUUCCAGGAGAAGGGGGACCUACUGGACUUGUUCGAGAAGUUCCAGGCGCUCCGCACCAAGGAGUCGCAGCGCGAGAGUAUGGAGCUGGCGCAACACGCCUCCGUGGUCAUGACCACGCUCGACGAAGGCAUCAACGCGCUAGACAACCUCGACUACUUCAUGGACUACCUGCACAACACGGGCAGGCUACACUUCAAGAUCAAGGGCUUCAAGAAGGAAUAUUUCUGGCACAUCGAGAACCCAUUCUUGGCGGCCGUGUCCGAGACCCUGGGCGAUCGGUACACGGAGAACAUCGAGAACAUCUACAAGAUCACCAUCCGAUUCAUCCUCGAGACGCUCGUCGAAGGCUUCGAAAUGGCCGAGAAGGAAGCGGCCGCGUAGCGAUGACGCGGAUCAUCGCACCUCGAUGAAAACUGUCUGCGCGUGUCCUUGCGGACGACAGGCGGCCAUGGAGUCACUGAGUAACGCAGAGUAGCAGCCUCUGCUGUUGCCUGCAGCCCGACUGCAGCCCGUACGUUUGCCAAAAAACAACAAAAAAGAUUGUCACGAUCCUUCCAGAUGGCUGGGACUUUGUGACAACGUCCUCAUCUUUGAUGGCUUUUUUGGUAUUUCCGUGUCGUCGCAGUCAGCGUGAAACUUCCCGCAGACAUUUCACCACACUUGGAGCUCUUCCGUUUGCGGCUUGCCCCUGAGAGAUUUUUUUGUGAACGUUUCGAGAGAUUUUUCGUGAAAGCCAUGUUUCUUCUUUUUGUUGCUGGUGCGUUCGCAUCACCGUGGAUCGCGCUUAUAUAACGCCAGUUCGUGUCUAUCCGGUGCAACGUUGCCACGCUGCGUAUGUAUUUCGCACCUGUGUCGAAACGUGGGGUGUAUGUCUUAAAGAGGCAACAACUUGCAUCGCGUGCUAUCUGCCACGAAUGUCAUGGUACACUGCGCAGUCUGGCCAUCAUGUUAGAUCAUCUUUCUGUAACGCCAUGUUGAUGGUCCUUCGUAUUGUGAACUUACACCGCGUGGUCCUUGCCGUGAACGCACAGACAUAGUUACGUACUCAGGAUCGUGAAUGUUAAGAGCAGCUGGUCGCGAUGGCCACCUUGUAAAGCGACGUGACAAGAAUGUCAAACUUCGCUAAGUGAAACGCUGGUGGUCCAAUGAGAUUUGACAAAUGUCUCCAUUGCAUCCUAACAUUCGGGAUGCGUAGCCCGCAAUCACUAAGCGGUUCACUGGGGUGUGAGUGAAGCGUCGUUUCUCAAGAAGGGAGUGACUUCGUGAAUCGGCCGUCCCGUAAUACCAGGACUGCGCACCGAGAAAUCACGGCACUUCGUGCAGUUUCACCAUCACGCUCGAUUAUUGUCCUGUAACGCCGUGUUGACAGCCGAUCGGCCCAACGGUGCGAGGCAGCCAUGUCGAGGAACCAGUGGGUGGGGCGGCUCUAAGCGCGAAGCAGCUGACGUAUUGUGAAGGCUUUGACGGGCAAGGCAGUACGCAUACUGAUUGUCUAACCGUCAGCGUAACAGCAUUCACGUAUAGAGUGCAGUGACACUGUCGUAUAUGCGCGCUGGUCGUGGGACCCCUACUCUCUCUUAUUCAGUGACUCCACAAGUUCGAAGCGUCGCCGCUCGGAGCCUCUCGCGUGUGGUCUUGUGCGUGACGUCACCGCGUCGGGCGGCUAAUGGCGCAGCGCGGAGACAGCCGCAGCGUGGCGCCACGGCUCGUUUCUUCGCCAUUACGUGGUUGCUUCACGCGGUUUAUUCCUGCCUGGAUUGUUUUUUUUUUCCUGUCCAUGAAGAAGAAGAAGGAAUAAGAGCUUUUUUUCACGCACUUUUAUUUUCCCACUAAGCUAUGCGAUUGCGCAAUCGUGUACUGCAGCGUGUGUGUGUGUGCGUGCGUGCGUGUGUAUCAGUGUCAGUGCUUGUGUGACGUCAGAGGAAGUGGCGACUAAGACCGCAUGCGGAAGCAAGAGUUCCGCUAGGGCGUCGGGGUUCCACUCCGUCGUCUAGCUACGCCUUCCGCUGUCCUGCUUAUUCCACGCGCCGGACCAUGACGUGUGGAGGCCUCCGUAACGUCAUCUCGUUGCACGUGACCACCCAAACGUGUCUGUUUUGUGUCUUACGCGUGUUACAUCAAAUGGCAGCCAUCAAGUAAAUGUCUCCCUGGGAAAAACGUCAGUACACCGCAUCGUAUGCCCUCCCUGUGUAUCCCGCGUUUCGUGCUGAGUUCCGUUGUAACUGUGACUUGCAUUCGCCCAUACGAAAGCCAAAUGCCCACUGCGAUUUCGUUUCUCUUGAUUCAUGAUAGCCUACGAGGAAUCGGUCGGUUCGUGGUUCACGGGCUCUGGUACAGUAUUAAAAAGAGUUCGCUACAACGCGCCCUUUACGAGGUCAACGUGACCACAGAACACUGUCUUCUUUGUAGUUCACAAAAUUUUUUUUCACCAGAAACUUUAUACCCUCUUUAUUGACAACAAUUUCUUCAAUGUGGUCAAAAUAAGGCAACGCAAGUUUUGUCGGGGAUCCGUAUUUUAAUUAACCUAUACGUCGCUGUAUCGCACGUUUCGCUAAAAAGGCGAGAUUGCUUGCGAGUACUGCCACUAGAUGUGUAACUUCAGUCGAUAUUCUUCGCUGGUAAACGGCACCAAUGUAUCGUGUCUCAUUCGGUGUUUGGCGUACCGCUAACAGACAAACUAGCCACGACCUGGCUGUGCGUAAGGUUUCGAUGUCCUCGUGUAGAAGGCAUGUCAGAUUUGCUUCGGACCGUACCGACCAUCAUCAGUUAACAGAUUAAUCGGCAAACCCGGAUGGAAGAUUGAACAAGUUGCUUGCCUAAUUAAAAACUGUUUCGUCUUUUUUUCUCGCCUUUAUUGGACCAAAUGAAGUGGCGCUGUAAGCUGAAGUAGUGUUACCCCAACGUUCGGGCUAUCUAAACUACAAAGAUAUCUGUAAAAUUAUUUGCUUUGUCAGCUCGCUUCUGCGCUGUACAGGCAUGUCUUGUGUGGGUUUCUCAAUGGUAUUCAACACAACGUUUCCUCUAUGCGUUCUUGUUGCUCAGAUGCAUUUUCAAGCAGUGCAAUCGCAGGAGCAUUCACGUCACGGUAUGAUAACCCUCGCGCCCAUUAUGUCUUGUCGGCUAGAUUAAGGCGCGAUUUCCAUCGCAGUACGUUCGCCACUGAAUACGCUGAUCUGUUGGCGAAAACUUUGAUGUUUGCUCUCUUCAUUUCAAUGACAAGCUGAAAGCUUCACU